AUGUAUACACACGAAAACAAUAGACUUGCCAAGCCCUAGCUCUCUGUCUGGACACAAGUAUGGCGACUCUGGCGAAGAAGAUGGAGAGUUGUGGAGUAGAGCCAAAUUGGUUGGAUCUUCCGAGGGAACUCAUCGAAUCAAUCAUGAAAAAACUACUUUUGGUCGACAAAGUUCGCUUGAAAGCGGUUUGUAAAUCUUGGAAUAAAGCUGCUACCUCCUACCUGUGGUCGCAUCGCGAAAAAUCUCCGUGGCUGAUUCUUCCCCAAGAAAAAGUAGAAGAAGAAGAAAAGGACGACGACAACGAUAACAAAUGUAACAUCUUCCAAGGGGAGGAUGAUCGUUUUUAUUAUUCCUGCUUCAUCAAUUUUGCAGAUCAGGAACAAAAGCGUUACAAAGUGAACAUGUACAAAGGGCUGGGUGAUGAUUAUUAUGGCCCAAGGUGCGUGGGAUCGUCGUAUGGAUGGCUCAUAAUUUUCGACCAAACGUCCCUCGGUUGUCUCUUCAAUCCAUUCACAGGUACUAAAAUUCAACUCCCAAUCAAGGCUGAUGAUACUCUUGUGGGUAAAGCUAUCCUUUUGUCCGAUCCAUCAUCCUCUAGUACCAAAAGCUUUACACUUGUAAUUUACUAUGGGUUUUUUCAUCACCUAGCAUUCUGUAUACAUAAAGGGAAUGGAGAGUACAAAUACAUAAUAAAGGAUAAAGCGUGGACUAGAUUUGGUGGGGCAUUCUAUUCCGACAUAAUGUGCCACAAUAACAAGCUCUACGCAUUGCGGUUUUCGGAGUGUUCCAAAAUUAAGUUAGAAAACAAUGGCCAAGUUGAAGUUUGGGACUUUGAUGAUUGUUUUCCCAAGAAAGUUGCGACAUUUAAACCUCCCCUGCCCUUGCCACAUGGAUUCUUGCCUCCGUCAUUGGAUUUUUUUCCUGUUUCUAGAUGCAAAUUUUACUCUCAUAUGCAUUUGGUGGAAUCUUUGGGAGAUAUUUUGUUCGUGUUCCUCGAAAGUUCUAGAUCUGGUAUUGGUCAGGAUAUCAAAGAGUUUUUUCAUGUUUAUAAGUUAUUGGAUCAUGAUGGGAAAAGAUGGGAAAAAGUGGAAAAUUUAAAGGGUCAAGCAUUGUUCAUAGGUGAAAAUCAAGCCAUAUCAUUAUCUGCUGGAGAGUUUCCAGAAUGGAAAGAAAAUUCAAUCUACGUCACUUCAUAUAUUCCUCAUGUCAGAGUUUAUAACUUAGACGAAAAAGUUCUCAGGAAUUUGAUAGAAUACUUUUUUGUGCCUCUUUGGAUUGUUCCUUGCUGUUUCUGAUGGAUCGUAGAAGCGAAUUGCUUUUUUUCCUAUUAUUUUAAAACAAAUUAAAUUAUGGUAUGGUUUUUGUGAACUUCUUUUUUAAAUUUAUUGCUUGCUUUUAUAGAUGCUCGUAUUGGUAAUUUGGUAGUGUUCAAUGUUCGUUUUAUUCCUCUUUUAUACUCAAAAAACCAAACAAAUUAAACUAUGGUGUAGUUGCAGUAACUUCUUUUUAAUUUUAUUACUUGGGUUUUAGAGAUGCUUGAAUUGGUAAUUUGGUUUUGCUCAAUGCGUGUUUUAUUUUUGUUUUUGUACUCUGUUCUCCAUGUGUGGAAGCAGGUUUACCAUUCACAAACCAUGACCAGAAGAAGUUACCAAUUAUUAAUAGUUAUGAAAGGAAAAGAUAUGAAGUAGGUUUUUACUGUUAUUGUUAUUAUUAUUUUUGGUUGUAACAUGGAAGCUAAAGUAGCUUGAGUAUCAUAAACACACUUAUCAUCAUUCACUCUGUUAUAUUAUACAUACAGAGUGCGUCUACGGUCAGGACGACCUGACCAAAUUGUAUCCAGACCAAAAACAUGGUCCUUUUGUGAGGAGAUAUCUUGACCGUUCAAUUAAAUGGAUGGCCCAGAUUAAAUUUGGCCAAUCUCAAAUUUCUUUCGGAGGAGCCGCCAUUUGUCCACAGAGAGAAAGAGUCGCCGACCGGAGGAGAAAGAGAAGUAGCCACCGUUCGGAGGAUAAAGAGCCACCGUUCGUCCUAGAAAUCCAUCUGUCCGAAAACCAUCGCCCAGAGCCACCGUUCACGGCGGAGAAUCACCCAUCAGAGGAGAAAGAGGACAUAUUUUUGCUGCCGAUGAUUUUGUGUUUGUUUAAAAGAAGCUUUCAGAGAAGAGAAAGGUAACAGUUAAAGAUUUCUGUGGGAAAACUUUGGUUUCUAUAAGGGAAUACUACAGGAAAGAUAGUACACUUCUAAAGGAAUAAGCUUGACAAGCUUGACAGAGGAACAAUUGGCAAUCUUCAAGAAGAAUGUUCCUGCUAUAGAGAAAGCGGCAAGGAAGAUGGAAUCAAAGAUCAUGUGAACGUCGAAACCGUAUUUGUAUACACGUUUCACAUGGCAAAUUACCAAAAGACAAUGCCUUUUGUCCCCUUUUUAAAAAUUAUUUUUAUUUUUUAUAUUUUUGUUUGGGAAAAAAGAAAUAGUGGGCAUUAACUGUUAUGUUAGGUGAGCUACCUCUCUUCUGAGCUGUUGAACAUCGUGAAUGAGUAUAAUGAUGAUCAAAUUUUGACUUA